AUGGCUUCAGAACCUAUGAAUGCAAAACAAGCUAGGAAGCACUUCACAAAGGGGAAAAGGCCUCAGUACCAGCAAGCAAAGACCAGGUCUCCGGUCUGUGAUGGUGAUGUGGAAGACUCCUUUAUCUUUGAAGCAAAUGAAGCCUGGAAAGAUGUUCAUGGUUCUCUUCCUCAGUUUUAUGAAAAUGGAGAGCUCUGUGAUAUCACACUAAAGGUUGGCUCAAAGCUAAUCUCUUGUCACAAACUUGUUUUGGCUUGUGUUAUUCCCUACUUCAAAGCCAUGUUUCUCUCUGAAAUGGCUGAAGCCAAGCACACGCUGAUUGAGAUCAGAGAUUUUGAUGGGGAAGCAAUAGAAGGUUUGGUGAAGUUUGUCUACUCUCCACGGCUCACUUUGACUGUUGACAAUGUCCAGCCUCUCUUGUACGCAGCCUGUAUUCUACAGGUUGAACUGGUGGCUAAGGCUUGCUGUGAAUACAUGAAGCUACAUUUUCAUCCUUCCAAUUGCCUGGCAGUAAGGGCGUUUGCUGAAAGUCACAAUCGAAUAGAUCUAAUGGACAUGGCAGAUCGGUAUGCCUGUGAGCAUUUUACUGAAGUAGUGGAGUGUGAAGACUUUGUAAGUAUGUCACCCCAGCAUCUCCAUAAGCUUUUGUCCUCCAGUGAUCUAAAUAUUGAGAAUGAAAAGCAGGUCUAUAGUGCAGCCAUCAAGUGGCUUCUUGCCCAUCCUCAGCAUCAUUCCAAGUGGUUGGAUGAAACACUUGCACAGGUCCGCUUGCUGCUGUUGCCAGUUGAUUUUCUUAUGGGUGUUGUGGCAAAAGAACAAACUGUCAAGCAAAAUCUAAAAUGUAGAGAUUCAUUGGAUGAAGCAAGAAAUUACCACCUUCACUUGAGUAGCAGAGCAGUACCUGACUCUGAAUACUCCAUUCGGAUGACCCCAAGGAAGCAUACUGCUGGUGUGCUGUUUUGUGUAGGUGGUCGAGGUGGAUCUGGUGACCCCUUUUGCAGUAUUGAAUGCUAUUCCAUCAAAAACAGUUGGUUUUUUGGACCAGAAAUGAAUAGUCGAAGGCAACAUGUGGGUGUCAUCUCUGUGGAAGGCAAAGUGUAUGCGGUGGGUGGACAUGAUGGAAAUGAACAUUUAGGUAGCAUGGAGAUGUUUGAUCCUCUCACUAAUAAAUGGAUGAUGAAGGCAUCAAUGAACAUGAACAGGCGAGGAAUUGCCUUGGCCUCCUUAGGAGGCCCAAUUUAUGCAAUUGGAGGGUUAGAUGGCAACACUUGCUUCAAUGAUGUGGAGAGAUACGACAUAGAAUCUGAUCAGUGGAGUACAGUGGCGCCAAUGAGUGCUCUCCGUGGAGGAGUUGGCUCUGUGGCCCUAGCGAACCAUGUUUAAGCAGUAGGUGGCAAUGAUGGAGUAGCUUCUUUGUCUAGUGUGGAGAGGUAUUAUCCACAUCUGGAUAAGUGGAUAGAGGUUAAAGAAACGGGUCAACGAAGAGCAGGCAAUGGAGUUAGUGAGCUCCAUGGUUGCGUGUACGUUGUUGGUAAGUGGAUAGUAUUCCUCUAAUUUAUUACAGGAUAU